AUGCCGCAAGACCUGAGCAAGAUGGAAACCAACAAACCACUCCCAAGCACGAUUGUGCUCAUGCCGACAUUCGGCGCGUUUCUCGCCGCGUUUCUCGCAGCAGCGUUACUAGGAACUCUAGUGCUCGCACCGUUUAGCGAUCUCUCACACGCGCCGCUGAACGAAUCCCCGUCAGGCCAUGGCGCGACCACCUUUGAGGCGUCUCGAAAGUCUUCGUCGGAACAUGGUGCGAUCAUGCUGGGAGCGGCGAUUAGGAGGGUAACGGAACUGCUAACCUCCUCAAGGGUGGAGGAACAGCAGAGAUGCUUAGACGAGCUACAGAGACUAAGGAAAUGGCGAGAAGAGCUGGGAGCCAACGCAGCAGCAACUGCCAGCUCAGCUGCGCAAUCUUAUCCUUCCACGUCACCUGCUACGUCAGCCACCACCACCGCCGCCACUGGCAUCGCGCCUUCCCAGAAGAUGCCGUUACUCCAAUCUCCCAGCUUUAAGAUUCGAACCCUGACCUCCAACGGCCAACAUGCCAAGCUUUUGCCACGGUAUCCCAGUGCUGCAGCUGCAACCACGGAGGAGCUGCAGGUGCUGAGUGCAUCAGCAGCUGCAGCGGAAUUAGGCUCUGUGCGCCGAAUGCUGACUCAAUCCUACAGAACUCCCAACCUGAACCCGAAUGCCGCCUGCGCCGCGAAUGAGACAAGCGUUGGCGCCCUCAGGGCCCACCUGGCUGCCAAGACGGUGCAGCUGCGAGCCACUCAAGUGCAGAUCGAAGAAAUGCAGCGCACAGUGGGCCGAGUCAACUAUCAAAAGUUUCUGCUGGACUAUGCUCUCUCAGAGACCACUGUUGACUGGAACGACCGCCUGGUGCCCCCACAGAGGAUGGAGGAUGCGCGUCGUGCUAUAGCUUCAUGUAAAGCCAAUGGUGUUGUCGUCACGUCGAAGAAAGUACAACUCUGGAAGGGCUAUGCAUGCGAUGCAUCAGAUGAUGACAUCUACUCAUUUCUCGAGUACGAUCCGAACCGCCUCUGCCCAGACGACUGGAUGGCAACCCAGGCGCUCAUAUUCACCCACAACUGCUUCGCGCUGCCCAAGCGCCGCUGCAUGGCCCGCACCAACCAGAGAUGGACUGAGCCCCUGCCCUUCCCAGCAGCACUCUUCACUCAGGGAGCACUAAAGGACGAGAACGUGCGGUGGAGCCUGCACUCGUGCAAGUCCUUUUCCUGCCUCAACACGCGUGUGGUGGGCGACUGUCGCAACUGCUUCAACCUCACUCUCGAGAAGAAUCGAUGGCAACGCGGCUUCCGAGGGUCCCUCCCCAUCCCCGUUGUCAUCAAGAUGAAGCGAGGGUCGUUGAGGCUCGGGCUAGAUGCAGGAGGAGGCACAGGGACGUUUGCAGCGCACAUGGCGCUAUACAACGUAACCAUUCUCACAACAGCGAUGAAUGUGGAGACAGUGGCAGGGAGGACGGGUGGGCUGCCUUAUAUGGAGACCCUGGCUCACAGGGGGCUCAUCCCCCUCUGGUUACCACACAAGGCGCGCUUGCCCCUGUUUGACAACACACUAGAUCUCGUGCAUUGUGUCAACAGCAUAAAGUACCUCCCCGUGUUGGAAUUCGAGGAGCUAAUCUUUGAAUGGGACAGGGUGCUUCGAGUUGGUGGAGUCAUGUGGUUUGAAAUGUUCUACGCACCCCUUAAUGAGAUGCCACUUUAUAUCGCAAUAAUCGAGCAGCUACAGUACAAGAAGCUACAUUGGAACAUUACUCCUAAGCCCGACAGUGGCGAGCGAAAAGGCAUGCAUGUCUAUCUGAACUGUGUUAUUGAGAAACCUGUGCGCCGAGACAGAUAA